CAAACUAGAGUCGUCUCCUUUCCAUAAUCCCGCCAUAGAGAGCUGCGUGAGAUCUAUAUAAACAGAGUAGGGGAGGCCCCACAAGACGGCUUCCACUUGGAGCCAAAAAAGAGACUUCCGGUCGCUAAAUUUUAAGCUUUGAAGCAACCCAGCAAAUAAAUUUAAGGUCGGGAGGGGAGGAGAGGGGGAGGGCGAGACGGAAAGAGAGGAAUAAAGGGUGUCGUGCUCUCAAAUCCGAUCAAAGUUUUUCCGAUCAUCAGCCAUCAAAUCCUGGGAAAUCCAAAGGACAGCUGCAAAAUCCCCUGUUCUUUCUAUCCCCCUUAUUUCAAGAUCCCUCCUUUUUAUUCGUUUGCUGUACUGAUUCGCUUCCCCUGGGUUCUCCCCUGUUUCUCGUAUUCCUUUGGAAAUCCAUUUGAGUUCGAUUUUUUCUUGUUUGUCCGAUUUUGUCCGGUUGAUUCGAACAUUACGACUCAAAAAAUCUCUGCUUUGGCGUCAAAAUUUGAAAUUUAAACCAAAGUUUCGAUCCUUUGAAUCGAAUUCCCCCAGGGUAUGUGAGCUUUGAUCCAUGGCGAACGGAAGCGACCGGGUCCGAUUCACUGUGGGAGGCAAGAUCUUUGAGACCACCACCACCACACUUGCAAACGCCGGCCGCCAGUCCAUGCUCGGCGCUCUCCUCGACGACUCCUGGAACCCCCGGCAGCCCGCGACAGGCGACGGAGAGUACUUCAUCGACCGCAACCCCGCCUGCUUCGCCGUCCUUCUCGACCUCCUCCGCACCGGCGAGCUCCACGUGCCGCCCGACGUCCCCGAGAGGCUCCUCUACCGCGAGGCCCUCUUCUACGGCCUCCUCGACCACGUCCGCGCCGCCCGGUGGGGUCCCUUCGACGGCAACCUCCUCCGGCCGGCCGCCUCCGUUGCUGGCCGAGCCCCCGGUGACGGCACCGCCAUCCGCGCCGGCCCCGACGGCGGCUGCUGCGUCGCCCACGGCAGCAUGGUUCACGUCUACGACUGGAUGCUGGAGGAGCACCGCCCCAUCAGCCUCGACUACCAGCAGGUCAACGACGUCGGCUACCUCGACACCCAGAGCAUCGUCGUGACCGCCCGGGCCCGCCUGGGCAAGGGCGACGGCGGCAUGGGAUUGUUCUGCUCGUCGACCGGCGAGCUCCGACAUCGGUUUCGAAUAGCCCACGCCAACCAAGUCAAGAGCUUUACCGCCGGAGCUCUCAGCUUCAGCAGCUCAGACCACAAGAUCUUUGCUAGUUGUAAGGGGAGGUGCAACGAGUAUGGAAUUGGUGUCUGGGAUCAGAACACUGGCCAACAGGUAGAUUUCUUCUAUGAGCCGCCUGGUUGCCUUCUCGGUGACGCUGAUAUGCUCCAGUGGCUGGACGGAAGCAAUUGCUUGAUGGUUGCCACAUUGUUCCCGAGAUCGGACAACUGUUUCAUUGGUUUGUUGGACUUGAGGGAUAAGAAUGUGGUGUGGUCUUGGUCCGAUGCCGGAAUCACGACAUCUCUUGAUGAGAAGAGGGUCCUCCACGCAAUUGCAGCGGAGGAUGGCCGGUCCAUUUGCGUCGUAAACCAGUAUGAGGACUUGGGUUUCAUGGAUUUGAGGAGCAGUGCAGGAGGGGUCAGGUGGAGCUCAAGAAGCAAGCUCAUGAACCGCAAGGUGCCCGCCGAGGAGAGCUGCUAUCCGAAGCUCGCAGCGCACGGCGGGCAGCUGUUCUCCUCUAUGAAUGACAGCAUCUCGGUGUUCUGUGGACCUGAGUGGGUGUUAACCUCGACGCUUCGGAGGGGCUACGGUGGUUCGAUAUGUGAUUUCUCGAUCGGAGGCGAUCGGUUGUUUGCUCUACACAGCGACGAGAAUGUGUUCGAUGUGUGGGAGACGCCUCCUUCUCCAAUCAUCUGACCUUCAAUUACAACUUCUUUUGCUUAGCAGAGCCACAACGAAGAAGAGGGUAAGAAUGGGGUCGUUGUUUGUGUGCGGUUCGUGAUCUUUUGUGACUUCUUAUAGCACAACUAAGCCAAGAGGAUUGAGGUGUAAUGAGUUAGACGUUAAUGUUGGAAUGAGUGUGUUUGUAAUUCGCACAACACUGAUUUCUUAACUGCAAAAGAAAAUCAAGCAUAAAAACAGCUCUUUUAUUGCG